UAUGAUCUAUUGCAUAGUUCUGUUUUCGAUGGCCUUGCUAUUGUUAGUUUUAAAAGAUUUGUAGUAUAAAUAGGUAAACGUUGAGGCAGGCAGUGAACUGCGCUUACUUUUAAAACAUACAUUUUCUUCGAGCUGAAGUUCAUUUGAUGAUGCAAAUGGUUUGCUGACGUGGACCAAUCAGAAGGCAGCAAAUUAUUUCUUACCACAUAAUAGAACUUAGAAUUUGAAACAAUGCUUCUUUCAGAUAUUAGUAGCAACAUCUUCAUCGACAUUCAAACACUUCCAAGGGUGUAAAAUGCCGAACAUAGGAGGACUUGUUUCCUCUUUAAGACCCGUUGCUCGUUACUGGGUCGUCCUACUAACCACGUUUGCCUGUUCAUCAGUCGUGGUAUGGAAUGCAUUUCUACAGAAACAGCAAUUCUACCCUUCCGUUGUGUACUUAUCCAAAUCUACCAUUAGUAUUGCGGUUAUACAUGUGCAGGCGUUUGUGUUGGCACUGAUCGCAGCGAAGAUUCUCUGCUUUAUUUUUUUUGGAACCCUGAGAGAAACGGAAGUUGAGCAUUUAAUUGAGAAAGGUUGGUACGUGCUGACCGAAACAUGCCUUGCAUUUACGGUUUUCAGGGACGAUUUUUCGUCGAGGUUUGUUGCCAUGUUUACGGUUCUACUAGUUGCUAAAUGUUUCCAUUGGCUUCUCGAAGACCGAAUCGAUUUGAUGGAACGAAGUUUGAGUAUAAAUUGGAAGUUUCACGUUCGGGUCGUGACCUUGAUAACCAUUCUCUCGCUUUUCGAUGUGUUUUUCAUAAGGAUGGCCUACAAUUUUACAGUCUCGAAAGGUGCCAGUGCCCAACUGGUUUUUGGAUUCGAGUACUCAAUCCUACUUGUCAGUACCUGGAUGAUAGCGAUGAAAUAUAUGGUCCAUGUUAUUGACAUGGGAACCCAAAGUAGCUUGGAAAACAAAGCAGCUGUGUUUCUUUAUAUGGAAUUGGUUGCAAAUGGGAUCAAAGUUGUUAUUUAUUCUGUGUUUCUAUUUAUAAUGGUAGUCAUCCACACUUUCCCACUCUUUGCUAUCAGACCUAUGUAUUUGUCGCUCAAGGCGUUCAGAAAGGCUUGUUACGAUGUGAUUAUGUCACGAAGAGCUAUUCGGUAUUUGAACACGAUGUUUACAGACGCGACAGCUGAAGAUUUGACUGACAAUCUGUGUGCGGUUUGCAGAGAAGAAAUGAGCACAAACCUCAAGAAGUUACCAUGUGGUCAUGUAUUUCACACUCACUGUUUGCGCUCCUGGUUCCAACGUCAGCAAACAUGUCCUACCUGCAGAAUUGACAUUUUGAGACACGAAAGUGUUGUUAUGAACUUGAGAGUAAAUAACAACAACAAUAAUAAUAAUAACGCGAAUAAUAUUAACAAUUUGAGAGCCCGAAUUAAUUUGAUUCGAGGUCAAACAGGAGCGGCUGCAGGUGUAUCCAACGAAGGAAUUCAAGGAACCCGAACCGGAUCCUCGGCAAUGUCGCCUCCCGAUUACGCCUCGUCAUCGAACGCCAACGCUCGAAUGCAAUUCACUCCUGGUUUUGGUCCCUUCAUCGCACCCCCAGCUUUUACCCCUCUGCCUGACCUUUCAAGUGUGCUACAGGGAAUGUCAUUGGAUGAGCUCAAUCAGAUGGAAGGAAAUCAGAGACGCAACGUGCAAGCGAGAAUCGAAUGUCUAUCUCAAAUUCAAGUUUUACUAGACGCGGCCGUUACGCAAAUGAACCAGUAUUCAGCAAUAGUGUCUAGACUAGAAAAUCCAAGCGAGAUAUCAGUGAAAACGACCAGCGAAUCUUCAAGUAGCUCGGGUAGGGGAAAAACCAAAACUGAAACAUCCGCAACAGCCACUGGAAAAAUAGAGAAAGAAAAGCCAACGAGUUCGAAAUCUUCGGUCGAGACAGUCGGUACAGCUUCGGGCGAUUCUGUACAAAAUUCGGGAAUCAAAAGUGCUGAAGGAAGCACAGCGUGAAUUGAUUCAAAAAUGUCCAAAUAUAGUAGUGUUGCGGGGAGAUAGAGUAGAUGUCGUGACUGUUAAUAAAACUUUAAAGACAGGACUGGAUUUGAGUUAUAAUGAAAGUAUAAUUUUACGUGUUCGGUUCAAAUGCAAUUUUGUUCAGGAAUUGAUUACUAUUGGUAUUGUAUAUAUUGAAAUUACAUUAUAGCGGUCCAAUUAAAAGAGUUUUCUUGUUUA